AUGAUCGACGCACCUCCCAAGCAGGAAGAAUUAUCCAUGAUCAAUGAGAUCGAUCCCCAUGUGAUUGAACACAAAUCCCAAACAACUCUGGUUGAGGAGCUCGAAAGCUUCCCGCUGACCCCCGGGACCCCACGAAGCUGUCACUACCUAAAAAUAGAUCCUAAGAUUGCCCCACAUCAACAAAAGAGAAGAGCCAUCAACUCAAAAAGGUAUAAGGCUUUGAAGGAAGAAGUGCAGAAGCUAAUCAAGAAUGGGUUCAUCAGAGAGGCCAUCUACCCGAAGUGGGUCUCCAACCCGGUACUAGUCAAGAAGCACAAUGGCUACAAUCAAAUACCUAUGUACCCAGCAGAUGAGGAGAGCAUUUCUUUUACCACUGACAGAGGCCUUUACUGUUACAAAAUGAUGCCCUUUGGGUUGAAAAACGCCGAGGCCACAUAUCAAAGGCUUGUCAACAAAAUGUUUAUGGACUUCAUCAGCAAGACAGUGGAAGUCUACAUAGACGAUAUGCUCGUGAAAUGUCUGAAGGCAGACAACCAUGUAACGCACUUGAAUGACACUUUUCGAACCCUCGGAAGGUACAGGAUGAAGUUCAACCCCCUCAAGUGCGCAUUUGGCGUUGAAUCUGGACAAUUCUUGAGCCUAACCGGACAAGUGGCAGCUCUCAGCUGCUUUGUCUCCAAGGCUACCGACAAAUGCCUCCCGCUCUUCAAAGUAUUGAAAGCCGAGAAGAAGUUCGAAUGGAAUGAGGAGUGUGAAGAGGCCUUCCAGGGCCUGAAAAGGCAUCUAGGGCAGGCCCCUUUCCUCUCCAAGCGAAAGCCCGAUGAUAUCCUUCAAUUAUACCUAGCUAUCUCCAAUGAGGCCAUCAGUACAAUCCUAACCCGAGAGGAAGGAACCACCCAACUCUCCGUGUAUUACACCAGUAAGACACUUCUAUCUCCGAAAACUCGCUACCCCGAUAUGAAGAAGCUAGCCUUGGCCUUGAUUACAACUUCUAGGAAGUUGAGGCCCUACUUCCGGGCACACACCAUUCACAUGCUGACCAAUUUUCCCUUAAGAGCAGCCAUCAAGGGCCAAACCUUAGCUGAUUUCGUGGCAGAAUUCACUAAUAUACUCGAGGUGGAAGAGGUUAUGGAACUUGUUGAGCCCACCGCGUGGAACUUGUUUGUGGAUAGUUCGGUUGGAGACACAGGUUUGGAAACUAGGGUGGUCCUGGUUAGCCCAGAGGGCCACAAGCUGAACUCAGCGGUGAGGUUCAGAUUUACAGCCACCAACAAUGCUGCCGAGUAUGGGGCGUUCUUUGCAAGCCUCAAAUUAGCCAAAGAAAUGCAAGUAAGGAGGCUACGUAUCAAUAGUGACUCCCAGCUGGUGGUAAGCCAAGUGAAUGACAGUUUUUCAGCUAGGGAUAAAAUCAUGGCCUCCUACUUGAAGAUGGUCCUGCCUGCUAACAAAGAUGAGGCCUACAAACUGAGAAGGAGGUCAGCUCACUUCCUUUUCAUCGAUGAUGUGCUCUACAAGAUAAGAUUCUCCUCCCCACUUCUUCGGUGCGUGGGUGGGUGGAGAAGAAGCCACCUACAUUUUAAGAGAAGUCUACGAAGGUAUUUGCGGCAACCACUCAGGAGGACUAGCUUUGGCACAAAAGGUCUCCUACCUAAAGGUAGAGGGGGCGCAAACUUCGCCAUUGUGGCCAUUGAUUACUUCACAAAGUGGGUCAAGGCUGAACCGCUAACAAAAAUCACAGAAUUCGACAACAAGAAGGUCAGGAACCUAUGCAAAAAACUUGGAAUCAAAAAGUACUUCUCAAUACCUCAUCAUCCUCAAGCCAAUGGCCAAGUUGAGGAUUGUAAACAAGUCAAUCAAGCAUGUCCUCAAAGGAAACUGGACGCAUCAAAGGGAGCCUGGGUUGAUGAUCUGCCACAAAUACUUUGGCCAAUCCGAACUACCACCAGAACUCCCACAUGGGAAACUCCUUUCCUCAUGGCUUAUGGCACCGAGACCAUAAGUCCCGUCGAGGUCGACUUACCAUCACCACGUCGCAUACACUUCAACAAAAUAACCAAUGACGAGCUACGGAGGUUCGACCUCGACUUCAUUGAUGAAAGAAGAUAUGACUCCCAGCUAAGGCUUACUACUUACCAAAGGAAAAUGACUAAAUACUUCAACUCCAAGGUGAAGAAGAGGUCCUUCCGAAUCAAUAGCCUAGUCCUUAGAAGAGUCUUCCUCUCCUCCAAAGGACCGGGUGAAGGGCACAACCUCGUCCAUGGAACAUUGAGCAUAUCAGAAUUUACUAUCAAUGAAUGUAUUGCAUCACUGGAUGAGGUUCCAAUUCCCAAUUCUGGGGUCACCUCCCUUGAAUUCCGAGGCUCACUCCACAUGUCUUCCUUUUAG